CCCACAGUCUAAACGUAUCUUAUCAAGGAACAACAUGCGCCAAGAAAUCGGUUGAUUAAAUUUAAAGAAACAUUUUUUGUUUUUAAUUUUUCUACACCCGUCAUAAGCCUGUCUGCACCUUGCAUUAAAGUUAACUGUUGACCUAUUUUAAGUUGGAUUUUAUUUUUCCAAAAACGUAACUCCGGUACGGAUAUGUUAUCUGAUCCGGGUCUCAAGAAGCUGCGUAACAUUUUCGUUGUCAAUCAAAUAUUCGUGAAUGUCGCAGUUGUCGUGUGUCUCUUAUUGUCGUUGUCGUUAGCUGCAGCAUAUCCUUCGAACAAUUAUAAGGAUUUGGAUAUAUGCAAUCAUUGGAAUGGUCGUCGCCAUUUUCUCGAAUUGGGUGAACGUGGAGAAUUACAUGCUCGCAAUGUGACCACUUCAGCAUAUCGUAGUACUCUUUACUCAUCUGCCACAUCAUCUACCUCAUCGCCAUCAUCUCCAGUCAGAGGACGUUCUACGGCCGAUUUUUGGUAUCAGUGUAAUCUGGAGUUGGUUACAUGUGCUGAAUGUGUCAUUCGCAUUACGGUCACCCAUGCAAAUUUCUCCAAAACCUGCGAACGCAUCUCCAACUCAGCUGUGGGCAAAUCAUCACUGUGUCCCUGCGAGCACAUACAAUUCUCCGAGCCACCCUAUGAUAACACCAUAUCGGGUCAGGAGUUUUGCGGUGAAGGCAAAGUGUUCCGUAGCAAAACCCGUUCACUAUUGCUGAAAUUUUUCUAUCGAGCUACAAAUAGUCAUGUUUUUUCGUUGCAGUACUUUUCCGAACGUAAUGUAAAAAUCGUAAGUGGCAUACCACACCAAUCCGGCUUUGGAAUAAGUCCCAAUGGCAAAGGUCCCCAAAUAAUAUCAACGCCCUAUUUUCCCAUGAAUUAUCCGAGGGAUUAUGGCACUGAACAAAUACUGACAUGUGAAUCGGAUAAUUGUCAUGUGCGUCUGGAUUUUACAGACUUUCAGUUGGGUCUCACCUCGACUCUGGAAAUCUUCGAUUCGAAUGGUCAAAUGGUUGACUCUUAUACCGGGGAACAUUUUCGACCACCCAUCAUCAUAAGUACGGAUAAAUCUUUGCUUUUGCAAUUUCGUGGCAAUGGUGGUACCAGUGCAGGAUUUCGGGCGGAGGUGACAUUUGUUACACCUACUCAACUAAAAGAGGAUCGCUUAUUGCCAUUUACAGAUUGUGGUGGCCUGGUUGCGGGACCCGGUGGUGCCAUUACCAUGAUGAAUAUGAUCGAGAAUGCUACCGAUGUUCGCCUAUUCGAUUGCAUUUGGAUUAUAAAGCCCAGCAGCAAUUACAUGAUGAUGAAAACUCACAUCUCUCUGCGCGUCGAGGAAUUCCAUAGUAUGGCCUCACGAUCCGAUCUGACCAUACGUCAGGGUACUACUUCCGAUUCACCCCAAAUCGAAGAUGUUGUCUGGCCCAACAAUGGCAUGUCCAAGGAGAGCCAUGUUGUGCCCGUGCUCACGGGUUACUACAUACGCCUGCGUGGUGUCUUUGGCAUGUCCUCCAAAUUGGCCAUAGUCUACAGUGUCUUCAACUAUUUGAAUCCCUAUAUCCAUUUAGAUUGCUACAUUGGCUCGGAGUUCUUGUGCAGCAAUAAUCACUGCAUCUCUAUACGCCUGCAUUGUGAUGGCUUCGAUCACUGUGGCGAUGGCAGCGAUGAGCCGGACUCGUGCGAAGAGGAUUGGGCUCACUUACAGAACGAUCGUCGCUGGUAUUCGCAUAAACCCAAUUAUUAUUUUCCCAAAAUAGAACAAUAUCCCGAUUUGAAAACAGCCACUGGGAUAUUUGUUGUAUCGACAUUGGGCAUCUUUGCAGUUCUCUCCGGAUGGAUGGUUAUUUUAUAUCGCAUGGGUGUAAGGGCCCGACAUCAGAGAGAACUGCAAAAUCAUUUACAAACUAUAAGUGAGCUCUUGGAUCGUCAAGAGGAAAUAAUUCCCGAUGAACCGCCCAGUUACGAAGCUCCACCCGAUUACGAGGAAGUCAUUAAAAUUGGAAUGAGCAAUGAAAUGCGCGAACCUCGUGGUCGUCAACAUCAGCGAAAACACCAUCGGCGUCACAGGGAUCGAAGUUGCAGCAGAGCGAACAGCAAUACCACAGUCUCAUCGACACUGCGCUUAGAUCUUUAUAGCGAUCUACCAUCGACAUCAGCAGCAGCCUCCUCUUUGGUAUUGGCCAAUGAAAACGAUGGCCUUCGAACGACAGCAGAAGAACAAACGGAAACAGAAAGUGCUGCAGCUGGGGGCGAGAAUGGUGAACAACAGGAUAUGGUCCAGCAAAUGGCAAGAGCAACGCAAAAUUGUGGUAUUACAGGCUCGGCUCAAGCACCAGAGACAGAGGCAGCGCAAGUUACAUGCAAGUGUAACUGUAAGAGGCCGACAUCAACGUCAGUAGUCGACAAUGCCCCUAACGUCUUGCUAAACUCCAAUACACCACAGCAAGAGGAAAGUGCUCGAGGUUUUUGUGAUGAUUCUUUAAAUAUCUCAUGCACCCUGGGUAACAUACAUCCGCCGCCAGGCACAGCGGCCAGUGGUGCUGUCCUAAAUGAUAAUAAUAAUGAAGCUGCAUCCUCCAGACCCAAGAGCUCGCUGAAUUGUACCGAGCACACCUAUUUGAAGAAGACCUGGAUUGUUAUGAACAACGAUGGCCGCAGCUAUCGCGUGCAACGUCUGCGUCCCACUUUCUCUUCGCCCGAAUCGUUUCUCAGCGAUUGGUCCUGCUAUGGAGAUACCCUCAACUAUGGCUCCAUACUAUCGCAUGACCAACGCUCUAAUUUAAGUCAGAAUACCAGUAAUUAUAUAUCAGAUAUCUCUCGUGAUCCAUCCGACAACUUUACGGAUGGCCUAAGAAUGCCACCGGUGGCCAAACUGAAAACUAGUUCUCCCAUCAAUGGUGACAGUAAUUCCAACACCUUCUCCGAGAGACGGGCAUCCCAUGAUGCUGCCCUAUCAAGGCAGAUGGCUGUGAUUACACUCAAGCAGAAUAGUGGUGAUGAAGAUGAAGACGACGAGGACGAUAAAGGAAGCAAUAAACGCAGCAUUUCCUGUUUCAGUGCUGUGAAUAAUCCCUUUAAAAGCUCCAAUGGCAACAGGCAAAAAUAUUCCUCGGUGGCCGCUGGCCUAGGCAUGACUUUGGGCGGUGGUCGCAAUCGUCGCCGUCAUGCCCGCAGUAAAUCACUAACAAGCUCCGAACGUUUUACUGAAGCCAGGCGGCACAACUCCUUGAGGCGCACUUCCUCUGCGAACUUGUUGAUGGGUUUCCAAACCGUUAGAGAGUGUCUGAAUAGUGAUAGGAAAGAUUCCAUAUUAUAUUUAAUUUAAUUUAACUAAAUUACAAUGAACUAUUUAUACCAAUUGAGUAUGUGUGUUGUGUAUAUAUACUACAUGUGUAUACGUAUGCAUAUUUAUAAAAGUAAAACAGUGAUAAAAAUAUACAAAAAUAUAAA